AUGGCUCCUAAGAUCACACUCACCGUUGAGCCGCGGGGUAAACCCAUCCGCAUGCUCCCUAAGGAGCUCACCAUUUCCCUCGAUGCCUCCGGUUAUGACCUCCACGACAUGAUUGGGCAGGUUUGCGGUGUAUCUGCACACCGUCUUCGUAUCACUAAGGGCAGUGACCGCUCUGCCGUUGCCAACGCGAAAGACGUCUCCAUUGACGACACUGGCCUGCGCAACUCUAGCGUGAUCCAUGUCAAGGAUCUGGGUCCCCAGAUCGCAUGGCGUACCGUCUUCAUCAUUGAAUACCUCGGUCCCCUCCUCAUCCCAGCUCUCUUCCUCUUCCCUCUCCGUCCCCUCCUGUACUUCAACUAUGACACUAUUCCGGCUCCUUCGUACGUGCAGCUCCUCGUCUGCGCCCUUCUCACCAUCCACUUCCUGAAGCGCGAGUAUGAGACUAUCUUUGUGCACCGCUUCAGCAAUGCUACCAUGCCCGCCCGCAACAUUUUCAAGAACAGUGCCCAUUACUGGGCCCUUGCCGGCUUCAACAUUGCCUACUGGGUUUUCCGUCCCGAUGCCGCCGCCGCCAGCCCAGACUAUAAUCCGGCUCUUGUAUACGCUGGCCUUGCCAUCUUCGUGUUCGCUGAGUUGGCAAAUCUGAAUGCCCACUAUGUGCUUCGGGACCUGCGUCGGCCCGGUACCACUGAGCGUGGUAUUCCCUCUGGAUUUGGGUUCAACCUCGUUACCUGCCCUAACUACAUGUUUGAGAUCAUUGCCUGGUUGGGUGUUUUCCUGGUCAGCCAGCUGAACUUGAGUGUGCUCAUCUUCACUCUUGUUGGUGGUGUGCAGAUGUACAGCUGGGCGUGGAAGAAGGAGAAGCGCUACCGCAAGGAUUUCGGAGACAAGUACAAGAAGAAGAAGACUGUUCUCCUUGCUUUUAUCUGCUAA